AAUAUAUUCCAAUUCUGAAAAUGACAAAUUAAAUAAUCAACCAAGAGAAAAUUCAAAAUGACUAAACGACGCGUUCAAGCCAAAACGACGUAAGCGCCAUUUUUCCGAAAAUUGAGUUUUUAGUUGCACUGAAUUGUCUUAAGCGCCUUCUCCUAAUAGAACCUUGGAUUUAGCCCAUAAAAUCGACUCUUUUCCUCUAUAUUUCGAUUUAAAGUUGCGCAAGCGCCAAUUCCGACUAAACAGAAUUCGUCAAGUGUGUUUACUACAGUCGCACGCGACAGUAAUGCAUUGAUCAUUAUAGGAAAACAUCGUCCUCGUUUUUAACAAAUUAACAACGGAAAGUGUGUGUUAGUAUUAAGCUUUUUGUAGUUGGCGCUUAUGCCGAAAAAUGUCCUCUAGAGCCAAAGGGAUGUAAAUGCUCUUCAAAGAGUCAUCAAAAAAUGAAGUAACUAUUCCCUCGACAGUUCCUUCGAGGUAAACAUCACAAAAGACGAUGGUUCUGGAAGCUAUCAACCAUGAUGUUAUUUUUGACGACGUAAUGUUGAAAAAUCAAAGAAUAAUAUCACCCCUGGGGUCUCCCAGUCUAGAGAACCAUGAAGACUACUCUGAACUUGUGACGUAUAAAAAAUCGUUAGAAGUUCCCCAAGAUGUUUCCAGUUUGAACUCAUUAACGUUUUCACAAGAAAAGCAUCAAUUUAUUGACGAAGGGAACAUAGAAGAUCUGAUGCUGAUAGAAUUUCCACUUUUCGGAAAUCAGAUGUUUGUCAAUCAGUUAGACGAAAUAGACAACAAAAACCAAACAGAAAAAAUUAUGACUGUCAUUGAAGACUCCAACAAAUUUCUUAAUCCUUGCUGUGGAAAGUUUUCGAUUUCGCCUGAGAAAAGCAUUCAGUCUCCUGGCAAAGAAAACAAUUUAAAAGACCUGAUUCCUGUUGUAGGUCAGUUGAAAAAAAUGGUUGAAACAUCCGGUAAAAAUCCCAUUAGUAUAGUGCCAUAUGGUAGCAGCGAAUCAGAAAGUGAUCAAAACCCAGAUGACGAAGGAGGAAUUAGUGAAGCAAGCAAUAGAAGGGCAGCAGAAAUAAAUGUGAAUCGGAUGAAAAUUGAAAGACAAAUAAACCAAACGAAAAAAUUUAGUAGCAGCGAAUCAGACAGUGAUCAAAAACCAGAUUAUAAUAAUAAUAAUAAUAAUAUUUAUUGAUUCCAAAAAAUUACAUGACUGUAAAUAUGGAACAAGUCAAAUUUAACAAUAUAGAACUUCUAACAAACAAUUAUCUCUUACAAUAUUCUCUGAAUUCUGAGAAGUUGUAAGGUUCACAUCUUAAUAUAAAUGCAUAGAGAGCUUUCUUAAAU